AUGGUCGACACUCAUUCACGUCGUACCCAGGAGGCCAGGUUAUCUUUCCCAAUUUUAGGUGAUGGUAUCAAUCAGUGGAACUACAUAGUAACCGGUAUCCCGAAACUUCGACGAUUCCAGUUCGUCUACAACAUUGACGAACAUGGCUCAGCGAUACGAGAUGGCGAUUUCAAACUGAUUCUCGGUAACCCUGACCGCCGAAUACAAGAGGAUCACGGCAAGGCUCGACUGUAUCGAGUAACAGAAGAUCCAGGUGAAAGCAACGAUCUUUCAAAGAUUCAUCCGGGAAUUGUUCAACGGUUGAAAGCCAAAAUAGCCGAACUGCAGAAGUACAUGCGAAAAAACGUCAGGAAACCGUUGAGUUUGAAGGGUAGCCCGGAACGAUUGAAUGGAACCUAUGGGAGUUACUGGUGUACAUAA